AUGCACCAAAUCCUAAUAAUCGGUGGCGGCCCCACCGGCCUAACAACCUCCCUCUCUCUCUCCCACCAAUCCAUCCCACACAGCCUCCUCGAAAAACACCCCUCCACCUCCAUCUUCCCCAAAGCCGUCGGUCUAAACACCCGUACAAUUGAAUACUUCCGCUCGCUCGGCCUGCAAAAUGAUAUACUCAAUGUAUCCGCGCCCCCGGAGACCGUCUCGCAGACAUGUUGGUAUACGAGUCUGGGUCUGGGUGUGGGGCCGGAUGGGAAUGGGACUAGGACUCGGACAGGGACUGGGAGGGAGGUGUUUACGAGGGAUGCGUGGGGUGGUGGGAGGUAUAAAGGGGUGUAUGGGCGGGCGAGUCCGGUAAGGUAUACGAUUUGUCCGCAGAUACGGCUUGAGCCGGUUUUGCUUAGACGGGCGAGGGCGAGGGGGGUGAGUCCGGGUGUGGUUAGGAAUUGUGCGGAGGUGACCGGGGUUGAAGAACUUGAUGAUCGGGUGCGUGUGCGUGUGAGGUAUGCAAGUCCAUCUGAUGAUGAUGGGAAAGAGGAAGAGGAAGAGGUUGUUGAAGAAGCGCGGUAUGUCAUUGCAGCAGACGGAGGCCGUUUUGUCGCCGAUACACUUGGGAUUAAGAUGCAGGGGGAGCGGGAUAUUGCGAGUAUGGUCUCUGCGCAUAUUAGGGCACCGAUUAGUCGGUAUCAUCCGAACCGGCACGCACUAAUUACUUGGUUUAUUGAUCCGGAGCUGGGAGAGAGUAUUCGGACGGGGUUCAUGUACCAUGUCGGCCCGUAUCCGAGUACGCCUGAGACAGAGGAGUGGAUUUUCGCUUGUGCAUUGCUACCUCAUGAGAAGGCGAGUGGUUUUGACGAAAGGGCUAUGCUAGAGCGUCUCCAUCGGACGCUCAAGAUCCCGGGACUCAACGUGGAAUUGAAAUCGAUAAGCCAUUGGAACAUCAACGCCGUUGUCGCGGAGCGGUAUCGCAGUAAAGGUGGUCGAGUAUUUCUCGUCGGCGAUGCUGCGCAUCGGAUUCCACCUUGGGGCGCGCUGGGCUUAAAUACUGGUGUUCAAGAUGUGCAGAAUCUAGUCUGGAAGCUGGGAAUUGCCCUAAACGCUCGCGAUGAAAGGGAACAGAGAAAACUGCAUAAAUGGCUGGAUACAUACGAGGAAGAGCGCAAGCCGCUGGCGCACCAGGUCGCUCAUACUAGUCUUUCGGACUUUCGUCAGCAUACGCUCGUCGUUGAUCGUGCUUUAGGGAUUAGUCCUGAUGCGUCACCAAAAGAUAAUGUUAGUUCUUUGCAGGCGUAUCUCGACAAGAUGAACCCCGAUGGAGAUGAACUGCGGACGAACAUAGCAAAUGCGCAGAGCAUCCUAGAUCGCGAAUUCAGUGCUCUGGGAUUUGAAGUUGGCUGGUUCUAUCCUAGCUGUGAUGUCGAUAACGAAGGCGCUAGAACGCGCCACGGGGGACAAUUAACAGAAGACGGUGAAUUCGAUAACACGACUUACCGCCCCUCUGCGAUCCCCGGUCAUCAUCUCCCGCACGCGUGGGUGUUAAAAGAGGGUGUGCGGGUUUCGACGAGGGAUCUGGUGAUGAAUCCUGGUGGAAAGAAUCAAUGUGUUCUUGUUACAACGGCUGCUCAGCCAUGGAUGGCAUUGCAAAGUGACUGGGUGCAUGUUGAGGUCGCUGUAGAGAUUCCCCCGGGACCGGAAGAGGUAGAUUUGGCGGGGCUUAAUGGGAUUGAGAAGAAUGGCGCCGUGCUUGUACGUCCUGAUGGAAUUGUUUUAUGGAGGUUUAAGGGGCCUGAUCAGGUGUUUAAAAAGGCUAGAGAGGAUCCAGGGAGGUUUGUUAGGCGGUUAUUGGGGAUUGACGGCCGAGAUAGAGCGAUGAAGAUGUAA